UAAUUUAGGUUCUGAAAUUCCUAUUAAGCAGCUUUGUGAUGUAAGUGGAAAUGAAAACUGCAUAAUAAUUGGAACUCUUUAUAAACACAUGGAGUUGCAUCCGAGCAUACUAAGAGAAAUCAGUGAAGAACAUAAUUUAAUUCCACAACCAGUAACAGAAGAAUUUACUAAAGAUGAUGACUUUUUAAUUCUUGAAGAUAAUCUUCAAAGGGUGAUUCUUUGUGGUAACAUUGAUCCUCAUUCUCACGUUACUGGAGUAAAUAUUGCAAUUUAUGGAUAUACAGAAGAAGGAGGAAAAUUUUUUGUUGAAGAUGUGUGCUAUCCUGCAGUAUUUGAACCUGACAUAUUACCAGUGUUUUUGGAAGAUAGGUUUGUUGUAUUGGUUUCUGGAUUUGGACUGGGGGAUCCUAAUGUUUUAUUUCCUAUUCAACUUCUGAUUGAUACCAUUAAUGGGCAACUUGGUGAAGAACAGGAUCAAAAGAGGUUUUCUCAAGUAAUUCGAGUAAUUAUUGCUGGAAAUAGCAUAGGUAUCCAUACAAAAGACUUCUUUGCUAAGGCAAAAUUUUUAACUAGAAAGUCAAAAGCAACAACUGUUGAAAAUGUUAAAGCACUGGAUGAUAUUCUUGCCCAGUUAGUUACUUCUGUUGACGUUGAUCUUAUGCCAGGAGAAUUUGAUCCUGCAAAUCACUUACUACCUCAGCAACCUCUUCACCCUUGUAUGUUUCCAAAAUCUUCAAAGUAUUCAACUUUUAAUGUUGUGACAAAUCCAUAUCACUCCAUUAUUGAUGGUGUAAGAAGAAUUAGAGAUGGGAAAAGCCUUUCUGAAACUCGAAAUGGCAUUGGUGCAGCUAAUGCUCUAAAUUCAUAUUCUCUUAGCAUGACCCUUUCCAUAAUUGUUCAAUUAAUUUUAAUUGAAAUUGAG